AUGGUGGAAUGGAAUUUGCUGCUACCAGACAUGGCUUCUGGCGAGAAGCGCAAGAUGAGGGUUGUGGUUAUGAGCUGUAGCCGGACCGCGACGCUAGGAAUGUACGAAGCACUUCAAAUCCUGGGCUACAAACCAUACCACAUGGCCGAAAUCAUCCGCGGCAUCGAAGGACAAGGGCCGGUGAUACUCGAAAGAGCAUUGCUAGCAGAAAACGACCGUUUCUCAAGGAACAGGCCACUCGACCGGGCGGCAUUUGACGAAUGGCUCGAAGGAUAUGAUGUCUUUAUUGAAUUGGGUUCUUACUUGCCCCAGCAGACUGUUCGAGCGUACCUGGAUGACCCUGAGGUGAAAUUCAUCCUGGUGGAGCGCAAUCCCGAUGCCUGGGUGAAAUCUGUCAACUCUUUCGUUGGCGCUACGGUCUUGAAAGCCCUGAACAGUUUUCCGCUGAACCUAUUGAGAUACUUCAAUACUCCGCUAUAUCGCUUCUGGAGGUUGAACGUUCUUAUGUACGGCAUCAUAAGCAACGGUACACGAAUGGGUGAACCGGAUAAUGUGCGGAAUCUGCGCGAAAACUAUGUUCAUUACAUCGAUCUGGUCAAAAAGCUGAUACCGCCCGAGAGGAUGCGCGUUAUUCGACUGGAGGACGGAUUGGGCUGGAAGGAGGUCUGUGAUUAUCUUGAGAAGCCCAUCCCGGAUGGUGUCCCUUACCCUAUGAGGGUGGAUCACAGUCCACUUGCCAAGGCUUGGAUGGGCAUGCAGAUCAAAAAUGCGCUUUUCAACUUUGGAUUGACGUUGGUUCCAAUCGUCGGAGCUGGUAUCUAUUUUGGCAGGAUUUUCUUGUAA